UAGCAGUAAGUCGCUCCCAGCAUCCAGGUUGGCCAAAUCCAGUGUGCCAAAUCCACUGAGUGGCACACUGGAAGGUGCACAGUGGUCUGUGGGGACAACUGCACUUUUUUUAGGAUUUUUUGUGGAGAAAAUUCAGACAGAGAACAGCAUCGUCCCUUGUCACCUCGUCGCUCUCCUUCCCCUAUUCCCCUGGUAAGGUUCGGACUCCCUCACUGCAAUCAUGGUCGUGAUGAAGAUGAAGUUCCCCUUUCAAAAAAGGGUGAAGCUGGCCCAGGGACUGUGGCUCCUCUCCUGGUGUGCCACAGUUGCCGGGGCCACAACCUUCACCCUGGGGUGCCUCCUCAAGACAGAACUCCUCAGGAGGGCAGAGGUAAUGGAUAACGCAGAUAUUCACAUUGUUCCCAAUACCCUGAUGAUUGUUGGGCUGGCUUCCUUGGGCAUAAACUACUUUGCGUCAAAGAUCUGUCAGGAUGCCCUGGAUGCCGGGCGCUUUCCUCGCUGGAAAAAUUUCUUGAAGCCUUACUUUGCGGUUUCAUGCUUCUUCACCGUUCUCAUGCUGCUCUCUGUCAUCAUGAGCUACGCAAUGAAAGGCAGUCUGGAAUCUUCUCUCAAGGCCGGCCUCAGAAACGGCAUUCGCUUCUACAAAGACACAGACACCCCAGGCCGCUGCUUCCAGAAGCAGAACAUCGAUCGUCUGCAGAUGGAAUUCGAGUGCUGUGGAAACAACGACUUCAGGGACUGGUUUGAGGUUCAGUGGAUCAGCAACCGCUACCUUGAUUUCAGCUCCAAGGAAGUAAAAGACCGUGUCAAGAGCAAUGUGGAUGGCCGUUACCUGGUGGAUGGAGUUCCAUUCAGCUGCUGUAACCCCAGAUCUCCACGGCCAUGCAUCCAGUAUCAACUCACCAACAACUCUGCUCACUACAACUAUGACUACCUAACCGAGGAGCUCAACAUCUACCUUCGAGGCUGCAGAGAGGCCCUGGUCCAUUACUACAUGGGCCUUAUGAACACCAUUGGGGCCGGAGUUUUGUCGAUCUUUAUCUUGCAGGGCUCAGUGCUGGUGAGCUUGCGUUUCCUGCAAACUGCCAUGGAGGCAGUGGCAGGAAAAGAAAACACAGAGAUCGAGACAGAGGGGUACUUGCUGGAGAAGGGGGUGAAAGACACCAUCAUGGAGUACCUUGACCCUGUGCUAAAAUUCUUCCUGCUUAAGAAUGGUGGAAAGGUGGAAGAGGGCGAUGCUGCAGAAAAACCUCCAGCUGUUCCCUGAAACACACAAUAUGUACAAACAUGUAAAUAGUUUUUACAAAGAGACGGCAACUAAUUAUUAACUUCAUUUUGAAGAGAAAACAAUUAUUACCAAUUUGUAUGGAUUUAAAGAAAAAUAAAAUCACGUUUUUUAUUGUCAAAAAACCAUUAAGUGGUAACAUAAAUUCUCUCUACAUUGAAAUUUAUGACAGGUACUGUAUCUUCUCAUUUGACGGAACAUGCUUGAACAAGUAUUUUUAUCAAACCCCAUCUUUAUUUUACUUUUUCAUUUGUUUACUGUACAUGAGCAUUUUCAUUCUUUGUUGUACUGGAAUUUGUACAGCCACAAAACUACACAUAACUGCUUUUUAAAAUGACACGCACAGCUAAUUUUACUCUCACAACCUGUGUAAAGAAAAAAAAACAUUAAAAAAUUGCUAUUUAAAUUUUGAACAAAGACUUACAGCUGACUGUAGAGAGAAUUGAGGCAAAAAUGCUCUGAUGUGCAACAGAACUAUGACAUAACUGAAGAGAUGACUUAAUAAAAUUUGGAAUUACUAAAA